ACACCGUCAACGAGAAAUGACGAGCAAGUUUAUAUUCGUAGCCCGCUUCAAGCGCCGCAAUGGACGCCUUGCAAACGUUUUGCGCUGGAGGCAGCAUGCCGAGAGUAGAACUGCCGUGGCGGUGUCCCUGCACCCCUUCCGACAUCGUACAGCUGCGUCGACGUCCUCAUGUGCCGCCGGUCACGUACGCUUCUGUUUUCACAUCUGGACCAGCCAGACGCACAAGUUUGCAUCGUUUGACGUGCGCCAACGCGGUGGGCAACGCCGGGAUCGAUACACUGUCCUAUUCAAGACGGCGCGGCGCUGACGUCAUUUCAGAGAAGGUCGUUCGACGCUGCCGACCCACGCCUGGUAAAGUCUCACGCAACUCGACCGCAUUUGCCACGGUGGUGCAUCCCGGUUUGGGCGAGAAUGGUUGCGCAUCAUGUACAAGUGCACUUGAACAGGGAUCGUUUUGAUGAUUUAGUCGCCUGGAUGGAGAAAACAGCGACAGAGUCGUCUUGGUCGAGGUCAACUCGACGCUCGU